AUGAAUACUUUGAUUCUUGUAUCUACACUCUUAGUUUUUACAUCAGCAGCACAACUUCCUUCAGCUACUUAUCUACCUCAAGGAGGACCAGGGUCACAGAUAAGUAGGCCUCAGGGGAGUGGCAAUCUCGGUGCUAAACCACCUUCCAACACGUACGCUCCACAAGGCUCAGGAUCAUCAGGAGCAGGAGAUGUCAACACACGACCUCAACAAGAAGUGGAAAAGAAUGCAGCUAUUCUAAAAUUGGACCAAGCUAUUGAAGAAAAUAGCUUCCAUUACUCCUACGAAACCUCCAAUGGAAUCCAAGGAGAAGAAUCAGGCGAUGUAACUCAAACGCGUGGAGGAUUUGCAUACAAAGGUGAUGAUGGCAAGAUUUACUCCGUGACCUUCACUGCUGGUGAAGACGGCUACAGGCCCCAGGGUGAUCACCUCCCGGUUCCACCUCCGACUCCUGAUGAAAUCCUCUUGGCUUUGAAACAGAAUGAACGUGAUGAAGCUGCUGGUAUCUUCGAUGACGGUAAAUAUCACCCAGAAAAUGAUAACCAAGGCAAGCCAGGAUCAGGCAGUUUCGGUUCCACCAAUCAUCAAGGCAGCUAUGAUGCUAACUCUGGAUACUCUUAU